AUGACGCCAAGUCUUCAGUCUGGAUGCAUCACUAUAAACCACCAUUCCCGAUGUGCCAUCCAGAAUAUGUAUGGAGGGGUUACUUGCCUCAAGUAUCAUUUAGCUAAGGUUAGUGGUCAUGAUGUUGCACCUUGUGAGAAAGUAUUUGAUGAUGUUCAAGCAGAAGCUCUUCUUGCUAUUAAUUCUGAAUCAAGUAGUAAAAAGCGUAAGAGUUGUACUAGUGGUGAGAGUAUAAUUGGUUCCUCUCAUUUGACUUCUUUAACUAUAACUAGUCAAAGGCAAUCCACAAUGAAGGAAAUAAUCCCUAAGAUGGACAAACCAACUUGGGAGAAAUGUUUGCAUGACUUAAUUAUUAAAAAUAACAUUUCUUUCAAUGUUGUUCAAUCGGAUGCUUUUAUCAAGUUUGUGAAGUGCAUAGCCUGUUAUGGUCUUAGUGUUCCUAUUCCAAGUUAUGAAACCCUUCGUGGAAGAAUAAUCCCUGAAGGAAGAAAGGACCUUGAAAAAUAUGCUGAAGAAGUAAAAUUUUCUUGGAAACAAACUGGUUGCACAAUUAUGUCUGAUUCAUGGACUGACUUGAAGAAGCAGCUUUUCUUAACAGAGAUUCAAAGUGUUGGCCAAAAUUUAGUGGUUCAGAUAAUUUCAGACAAUGCAUCCAAUUAUUCCAGUGCACUUGAUAUGCUUAUUCGUUGGUUGUUUAAGACUCGAUGUGCAGCCCAUGGUAUCAAUCUAAUGUUGAAGGACAUCUAUGAAAUGGUUUUUUGGGUUCAAGAAAUUUUUGAUGAGGCAAAAAGAAAUAUUGACUACUUGUACAAGUCAAUAAUUGUCUUACAAUUGAUGAGGAGUUUCACAAACAAAGAUCUAAAAUAUCCUUGCAAAACUAGAUUUGCAUCAAACUUUUUAAUACUUCAGUCAAUUGUUGAAGUGGAAGAGAAGCUUAGACUCCUAGUUGCAUCAGCUGAUGGAGGAGUCUAA